AUGGUUAGACCGCAUUCUCUUCCUGUACGAGGGUCUCUCCGUACACUCCAAUUCCAAUCCAGGGUUGGCUGCUGCAGAACCCUGCCGCGCUGUCCCUCGGUCCAGUCGAGACAUAUCCAGGUUUCUUUUCCGCGCAGUGCCAAUGAGCGGAAUCAGUCGUUCAAAACACAACUAUAUGAGAGCACACAACAGCGGUUGAAGCGGGAGCGCGCGGAACAGGAGCGUCAUGCCCAAUACCAAACUCAAUCCCAGGGUGGCCGCUAUGCCGCAUUCUUGUUUGCUCUGACCUUCUUCUCGACGGGAGCCUACUUCCUUGGAACCCUAAAACCUCCCGCCCUUCCAACAUCAUCGACAGCGCCCCUACUCGACGUGGAACCUUUGCAACACAAUGUCUCUCAAUCGAACCUGCAAGCCGCUUGGGCCGACUUUGUUGAAAUUCUGGGAAAGGAAAACGUAUCGACCGAAAAUGGCGACUUGGAAAUGCAUUCGGGGUCGGACUGGUCUUCAUAUACGCUGAAGGAAAACGAGAAACCGUUCCUUGUUCUCUAUCCCUCAACGACCGAGGAAGUCUCGCGCAUCAUGAAGGUUUGCCAUCAGAGGGUCAUUCCGGUAACGCCCUAUUCCGGAGGCACCAGCCUGGAGGGCCACUUUGCGCCCACGCGAGGCGGAAUAUGCAUUGAUUUUCGCCGCAUGGAUCGUAUCUUGGAAGUCCACGAGAAGGACCUGGAUGUGGUGGUGCAGCCAGCGCUGGGAUGGGAGGACCUGAACGAGCAGCUCUCAGCAAACGGCUUGUUCUUCCCCCCGGAUCCUGGUCCCGGUGCCAUGAUCGGUGGCAUGGUAGGUACAGGUUGCUCGGGAACCAAUGCUUACCGAUACGGAACCAUGCGGGAAUGGGUUCUUUCCCUGACUGUUGUGCUUGCGGACGGAACCGUAAUCAAGACGAAGCAGCGCCCGCGGAAAUCUAGCGCCGGUUACGACCUCACCAGGCUUUUCAUCGGGAGCGAGGGAACUCUCGGACUUGUGACCGAGGCUACUCUGAAAUUGACUGUCAAGCCCAAAAGCCAGAGCGUUGCGGUUGCCAGUUUCCCGACCAUUCACAGCGCAGCAGAGUGUGUCACGCGGGUGGUUGAGGAAGGUAUCCCGGUUGCUGGCGUGGAGAUAUUGGAUGAUGUUCAGAUGAAGUGCAUCAACGACAGCCAGGCUACUAGCCGGCGGUGGAAGGAGUCGCCCACGUUGUUUUUCAAGUUCACGGGAACUCCGGUUGGCGUCAAGGAGCAAAUAAGCAUGGUUCAAAAAAUAGUCUCUGGCGCUGCUGGUCGGUCGUUUGAGUUUGCUCGCGGCGAAGAGGAGAUGCAAGAAUUAUGGAGUGCGCGAAAACAGGCUCUCUGGAGUGUAAUGUCGAUGAGAAGGGGCCCCGAGGACCAUGUCUGGACGACGGAUGUGGCAGUUCCGAUGAGCAAGCUGCCUGACAUUGUAGAAACAACCAAGCAAGACAUGACUAAAAGCGGGCUGCUGGCCGGCAUCUGUGGCCAUGUCGGAGAUGGCAACUUCCACGCGAUCAUUCUCUUCAAUGAAAGCGAAAGAAAAAAUGCAGAGGCGGUUGUUCACCGAAUGGUCAAACGCGCAGUAGAAAUGGAGGGAACUGUGACGGGAGAGCAUGGAGUUGGCCUCAUCAAACGGGACUACCUUGAGCACGAAGUCGGGCAGUCUACUGUGGAUACAAUGCGGCGGUUAAAAUUGGCCUUCGACCCUCUCUGCCUGCUUAAUUGUGAUAAGGUUGUUAGAGUAGAGCCUCCGGCCCCGGGUGAUGUUAAAGAAUGGUGA